AUGCAAUCAUUACGUCAUCAGCCAUGGUUUUCACAUCAUCGAAACAAGAUUCUUGUAUUGAUACUUGUGGCCAUUAUGGUCAUUUACAUUCUCAUGUUCAAUGCCAUCCGACAUCGAAUUUACGAUACUAAUGACAAUACUAAUGAAUCAAAGAAACAUGACACAACAGCAGAACAACAAUCCAAAGAUUUACUCGAACAUUUAUUAUCUCAACUCAAAUCACAAAAUGAACAAUUACGACAUCAAGUUGUAACUUUACAACAAGAAUUAAAAGUUGCAAAAGUAUUCAAUCCGAACAGAAAUGAUGACAGUGAUGACAGUACUCGUAGUAGUACACUUUCAACAACAACAACUCAUUCUUCUACAACACUUUCAACUCCUUCUUCUUCAACACUUUCUACAACACUUUCAACUCCUCCUCAGUCUCCUUAUAAUGAAUUUGAAUAUUGGAAUCGAAAUUAUUACAUUCGAUCCGAUCCUCAUCGAAAUGCUUGUUCCAAUGAUAUUGGAUUUGGACUUGUGGAGAGAUGGAGAAAUGCAGAGAAAUUAAUUUGUGGGAUUGAUUCAUCUAUUACUACCACAACUACUACUGAAACUACUACUACAACUACUUUAAAAAACCUUCUACAACUUUUACUACAACUUCAUCAUCAAUUGCUCCAUCCAAAGUCUUGA